AUGCUCUAUCUUGUAGGCCUGGGUUUAUCGGAUGUUAAAGACAUCACAGUGCGCGGACUUGAGGUUGUAAAGGGUGCCAAGAGAGUGUACUUGGAGGCGUAUACCAGCAUUCUUAUGGCGGCUGAUGUGUCGAGUUUGGAAGAGUUUUACGGCCGAGAGGUGAUUGUUGCCGACCGCGAGUUGGUCGAAUCGGGAUCUGACCAGAUUCUAGAGGGCGCCGGUAAGGACGAUAUUGUAAUGCUUGUUGUUGGCGAUCCAUUUGGCGCAACCACUCAUACGGACUUGAUGUUGCGUGCCCGGGAGCUUGAAAUCAAGACUGAUGUCGUUCACAAUGCCUCGGUCAUGAAUGCAGUUGGUGCUUGUGGUGUGCAGCUUUACAACUUCGGGCAGACCGUCUCCCUUGUUUUCUUCACUGAGAACUGGCGUCCUGAUUCUUUCUACGACAAGAUUAUGGAGAACCGCCGUCUCGGCUUGCACACGCUGCUGCUUCUCGAUAUCAAAGUCAAAGAACAGAGCUUGGAAAACAUGGCCCGUGGUCGUCUAAUUUAUGAGCCUCCUCGCUAUAUGGAUAUCCGGACUGCUGCUGAGCAGCUGCUGGAAAUCGAAGAGAAGCGUGAAGAAAAGUGCUAUACUCCAGAAACACCCUGUAUUGCCAUCAGCCGCCUUGGCUCACCUACUCAGAAAUUUGCCGCCGCAACCCUUGCUGAAAUGGCAGAAUACGAUAGCGGUGAGCCCUUGCAUUCGCUUGUUAUUCUGGGUAACCGCAUUCACGAGCUUGAGAGCGACUAUUUCAUGCAAUGGGCGAUCAAUGAGUCUACUUUGAAAUCAGCACUUGUUGAGGACGGUAAAUUGCACAAAUAAAUAAUCAAAAAAACAUAAACACUAAUAAAAACUGUCCUGCCAGC